AAUUAUAAGAAAUCUUUUAUCUAUGGUUCAAACAUUUUUUUGUAUGCUUAAGGAAACAAUGAUGUUGUUGUUAUUGUUAUUUUUUAAAUCUAGAUGAUACAUCAAAUUCUGUUGUUUUAAAACAAGUUCAUUCUUCACUCUCAAAAGGCUGUCCCAUACCAAGUAGUUCUCUGACAUGUGGAAUGGAAGAUAUGAUGGCUGAUAUUCCAUCAAAAAUUGACUCUUUUCAAAAGAGGAGGAGUUCUUCCAGAUCAAUUAAACGUAAAAAAUUUGAUGAUGAAGUUGUUGAGAGUAGUCUUGUCAAAUCUUCCAGAAAUCGUCCACCUUCAGGUUCAUUAAUUGGUAUUGGUGGUUCUAGUUUUAAUACAACAACAUUAUCAACGAUAAUGAACACAGGUUGCUCUGAACAGAUAUUUUCAGAAAUGCCUCAAGUCACAAUUCCUGAAAAAAAGAAACCAUCUAAAUCAACUCCAAAAAGAAUAAAGAAAUCAAAGGUAACAUUUUUUAUAAAUAUUUAUUGUGUAUAACUUACUAUUUCAAAAGUAAUAUUUUUUUAAUCAUUUUAUUAACAAUCCAUAUGUUGUACUUAUUGUAUAACAUUUAAAUUUCAACAAAAAGUUUUAUUUUGAUGAUUAUGAGCGAUACAAGUAAGUGAUAAUUACUGUAUACUCUAUGCAAAAUAAAAAUCUGCCUAUACAGAUGAAUCGUUUAGGCAUAUUCAAACUUAAAAAAAUUAGUAGAAGAUAAAAUUAAAUAAAGAUUUGAUGAAUAUAGAUAAUAUACAGAGAAAAUAUGUUGAAAAAGUUAAGAAUAAAAACAAAAGUGCUUUAAGUGCAAAAUAAAAUUGUAAUAACUACAAUGCAAAACAAUAGAAUAUGCUGACUAGCUUAAACUUUCCUACGUAACAAUAUUACUUUGAAAAACAAUAAUA